UGUAGAUAGCUGUGUGCCCGUAGUCGAGUCCGCUCUAGCGUGAACAUUGACAGUUGGGAUUGGCCAUAAAAAUGAGCACGACCACAAGGAUUCUUUGCUGAUGGCCCGUUUCACUGCGGCAAUAAGGUUGCUGAUCUCGCUCGCUACCUUACCGUCGACUGGGCAUGGCCAUGAAGAUGUGAGGUAGCAUACAGAGAUUGCGCAGAGCAGUGGAAGUGAGAUCGCCAGGCGUAUCCGGUCGCAGCCGGUCUCGCAUGCGGAAAUGGCAGAAUUUGCUUCCAGAAAGCUAGCAAGGUACUCUUUUGAGACGGUUUCCGCUAUUACCCUUCUCCUGUUGUUGCACGUCUUGCGAGUACCGGUAUGUUCGGAGAUACUGGAACAGCAUGAGGAAUGUCUGAUAGAUCGCACGGUGGACUUUGCCCACUGGUAGCGAAGUGGAUAUCUCCAGUCUCAGGCAAGAGCUGCAACGGGAUGGAUGCUAACGGAUGCCAAUGACAUACGAUCAGGUACCCAGCUCUUGAUUCGGACCAACACAAGUGAUGAGUUUCCACUGCCUGCGCAGGGUCCUGUCGGUGAUCCAGAGACGUGUAGACUAGAAAUACGUGCUAAUUGUCGUGGACAGUGCAAUGGCAGUCUGCGGGUGUUCCUUGUCCCCUUGACCAAUCACACAUUACCCAUACUGCUGGGAGAGCACAGUAACUGGUCAUCGGCACACCAACGCACCGUCAGUCUUAUGCUACCCAUCACCGCCAGCUAUGCAUUUCACAUCGUGGUGCAUUGGGAAGCCACAUCGAACGUUACCGGAACUCUUGAGGUCGAGCUGAUACGAUCGUCCAUCGGCUGCUGUCCAGGCUGGCUGCUUUGUAACGACUAUCAAUGGCUCAUGUUGAGACACACAUCUGGAAUAACAUGGCAACACGCAGAGGAGACGUGUCGUUCAUAUGGCGGUCAUCUAGCUACCUACGGGCGAAACCCAAACGACCGGGAGUGUCUAGACCGCGUUGCCUUGACGACCGUUGAGAAAUUCUACAUAGGCGCCCAGGCCAGGUUCGAGGGCAGGUCAUUUAAGUGGGUUGGGGAUAACAAUGCAGUUGCGGACUCACUGGUACACCUGUCACCGACUGGUCCACACUGCACGGCAUGGACGAUAUCCAAUAGUUCUGCAGUUGUCACACCAUGCCAAAGCCCAGCUUCUCAGCACUAUCUGUGCAGACGGCAUCGCAGUCGAACGGUCUACACGCUGAGCACACAUUGCGCAGAGCGCCGGUUCCUGUACAUCCCAAUAGCGUUCGGCUGGACAGAUGCCGUCUCGCAGUGCACUGCACUGAAUAUGUCCCUGCUGGACAUAAGCCACGACGAAUCAGUACAAUGCACAACCAGCAUGCUAACCAUUCGUCCAGCCCUGCUGCAAAUCGGAUUCUUCGUCCGUCGCAGUCCUCCUGGAUCCUCCAAGGAUUACUCCGGUGAUGUCGAAUGCCGGGCAGUAAACUUCACAACGAACGGUAACGUGUUCAGUGCAAUACAGGAUGCAGAGCUAUGUAAUCGUUGGUUACCGGCUGUAUGUGAAACACGCUUGGAGCGGAUCACAGACAGCUCUUCUGCGACUAGAGUUGCAUCUGCUAGCAUCAGCUCCACCUCAUCUCAUCCGCCAACCAUGCCCGGCUCUCAACCGUCUGCAUACUCAACCCCACCAGUUACUUCAAGAGCACAAAUAAACACAGUGUUACCCACUAUUAGUUCAGCAAACCAGGAAAGUUCUGGACCGGCUCAAAUCAGCACCGGCAUAACUUCAAGACCGGCCACCACUUCUAUCCAGUCUCCAACCACAAACCUAGUAUCCCGUGAGACUCGACAAGGCUCAACGACAGCACUUGCGUUGGUCAUAGCAAGCGUUCUCGUGUUCAUGGUGGUCUUCGCCUGGGUUGUCGCCACUAUUCUUCGUGCGCACAUGCCAGUAAAGGACAAGAAACGGUCAGGAGAAGUUCCAGUGAGGUCAAAGAGAAUAAUAUGCGGUGCAGCCAUGUUGUCAGAAACCUCAGAGGACAGCAUGCAUUACCACAGUGUUAGCGUGGUAACACAAUCGACAAAGUCCUCAAAGUCAAUCACUCCAUGCAUCGUUCCUUCAGACUACCUCGUACCGGAUGACACGGUCUCCCCAGCAUCCAGUACAAGAUCUGUGAACGCGACUCGCUCCGGGACAUGCUCAAGUCCGGUGUUUACGCAGUCUAUGAUGACACAAACUACUGAGGCCAAUGCUGGGCCCAUUGUCCCGCAACCAGACGAGAUCAACGUCUAUGCAGCACUUCAAACAAGUGCUGGGACAGCUCCUUCGUGUGUUGCAACUACAGACUACAGCGGACAUGGAGACUGACACAUAGCACCAGCAAUCUACUGCAUAGAGAAGGAGCGCCGUUGACCAGCAUAUGAACCUGUGCAAGGCGAUACAGUAAGCAAGGAUGAAGAUAUCAGCAGUGUCGACGCUGAGCGCUAUUAUGGCUCUUUCCUUCACGCGAAUCGCCAUGGCAAACGGAUAACGCACAGAGGCUUGACAUUGAUCCCUGUCGGAAAUAACUACUUCGAACUAAAACACUUCUUCGCCGAAGUAUGAGUUCAGUGAAGGCUUUACGGUCAUACAUGAGCUUUGUUCGUGGACAUUGUUCUCACCAGUCAAGCUGAAAAUGGACCGUUGUCCGUUGGCAACUUUUGAAAUGUUCUUCACACCAUGUACCGUACCAGUGCAGUGCAGCUACUGCAAAGACCUGCAUAAUCAAGUGAAGUCAGCAGUGCAAAGACAGUCCGCAUGAUUUCACAUAAUAAUAAUAAUUAUUAUCGCUGGUCAUUGAUGUGGUGCAUGAUUGUGGUGUCUGCACGUUUGUGCUCAAUUACAGGCUCGGAUCCAGGGUUGCAAAACAUGGCGUAGGUUAGGAGAGUUUCCCUUUGCGCACUUGGCCCAAUGUGCAGAUUCUGUCAUAGAGUCUCUCCCCCCCAGCAGACUUUCCUAUUGUCUAGACUGCUUGUACAUGGUAUUUGGUCAACAUCCUAUUCUUGACUCUCGCGACCUUGACUUCCCCUCUUCCGUGUUUCGGACACAUCUGUGCUUUUGGUUAAAGGUACCGGUAUUUGAAUUCUGAGCGCAGCCUCCACUGCAGCCAAUUCAUGUUUUAACCUUCGUCCAAAAUACUGUCUGAACUGCAAUAAUUAUGGCAUAAUUUCUUUUUCUUUUUAGAAAGAUUUGGCAAUAGAAUAAAUAUGGUGUUGCCAACUUUGGUGCUGAGGACAUUUCAACAACAAGAACAUAA